AUGGAUGGUCACAACCUCCCUCCAUCGCCUACUCCUUCCAGCCCUAGCAAUGGCAAGAACAAGUAUUCCCUCGCAACUGAGCUUGUGUACACCGAGUCAAACGACCAGUACAAUGCCAGCAGCGUCCCCAUCUACCAGUCCGCAACCUUCAAAGGUGAGGGCAACGAAUAUGACUACACUCGUUCGGGAAACCCUACCCGCACCCAUCUUGAGCGCCACUUGGCCAAGAUCAUGAACGCCCACCGCGCGCUGGUCGUGUCGUCGGGCAUGGCCUGCCUUGACGUUAUCACUCGCCUGCUUCAUCCCGGCGAUGAAGUCGUCACUGGCGACGACCUCUACGGCGGCUCCAACCGUCUUCUCAAAUACCUCUCCACCCACGGUGGCAUCAUUGUUCGCCAUGUUGACACCACCAACCCCGACGCAGUCGCGGCCGUCCUGUCUGAAAAGACCGCCAUGGUCCUUCUCGAGUCGCCCACGAACCCUCUCAUGAAGGUCGUUGACAUUCCUACCCUCUCCGCGCUCGCCCACAAGGCAAACCCUUCGUCGCUCGUCAUCGUCGACAACACCAUGCUCUCUCCUUACCUUCAGAACCCCCUUGACCUGGGUGCCGAUGUUGUGUACGAGAGCGGCACCAAAUACCUGUCUGGUCACCACGAUGUCAUGGCUGGCGUAAUGGCCACUAACAGCCCUGAGUUGGGUGACAGGCUUUACUUCCCCAUAAAUGCUUCAGGUUGCGGCCUUAGUCCUUUCGACUCAUGGCUGCUCCUUCGUGGUAUCAAGACAUUGGCUGUUCGCAUGGAAAAGCAGCAGGCCAAUGCCAUGGCUAUUGCCAGAUACCUCGAGAGCAAUGGCUUCAAGGUCCGCUAUCCCGGCCUGAAGUCGCAUCCCCAGUACGACCUUCACUGGUCUCAAGCACGCGGCGCAGGUGCCGUCCUUGCUUUCGAGACAGGAUCUACCACCAUCUCUGAGAGAAUUGUGGCUGCUGCCAAGAUCUUCGCCAUCUCGGUAUCAUUCGGCUGCGUGAACAGCUUGAUCAGCAUGCCUUGCCGCAUGAGCCAUGCCAGUAUUGACCCCGCUACCCGAAAGGAGCGUGCUCUGCCUGAAGACAUUAUUCGUCUGUGCAUUGGUAUUGAGGAUGUGGGCGAUUUGCUUGACGAUCUGCAGCAGGCUCUAGUCAGAGCUGGCGCCGUUCAGAUCACCGCUGAUGGAAUCGAAGCCAUUCCAGUAGCAGAAGGCGAAACCCAGGCCACCAAGGUUUUGACAGACGAGCCGUAA